UAAAAAUGAAUGCAAAUCGAGAAAUUUUCGAUGCGGGAAUUUUUCAAAGAAAAACAACCCCUGAGUAUAUAACUCCUCAUAAAUUAGCAGUAGUUUGCUUUAUUGCUGAAUAUCUCAAAAUACGCGAUGAAGAUUUAGAAGCUCGACCAGGUUUGUUUACCGCUCGAACAAAUUUACCAUCGAAAGUAAUACGUGAUUUCGCAUUACUUACCCUAAAUUUAAUAAAUGGUCCAGAUUUAACAUUUGCUGAAUUUCAUUCGUUGCUAACAAGUGGAAAAUACACUUUGGUACCAGAACAUGUCGAAAAUUUCAUGCAAAGAAUGAAACAAAUUACAGAAACAGGAUUGAAUUAUUUCAUGGAUUUAUAUGAGUUUUGGCUAACAAAAGUUCUUAAAACUCGUGCACGUAAACAAUUUGUAGUGUAUAAAACAAGUGUUAUUGGAUACUAUGUUCGACGUUUUUUUAUGUCUGUUGAAAAAUCAGAAUUUUCUGAAUUAAUUCGAAUUAUUGAACAUUUUAAAGUUUAUUUUGAAAGUGAUUAUGAAAAAUUAAUCAGUAGUGAUUCAAGUAUGGAAUUGACAAAUUUGAAUAUAACGGAAGAUGAACCAGUGACCACUAGUUUAAAUGCUAAGCUUAGUAAUUUAAAUAUUGAUCUUGAGCAUAAUAAAUGUUCUAGAAGACAAGCCGAACUGUUUAUUGCAACUCAAGCUACGUUGCUAAAAACAAACGAGGAUGCAGCUUUACCACCGCCUGUUUUACAAGAAAAAAUUCGAAGUUUAUUAAAAAAUAAUCCUGGAUUUUCCGAGGCUCAUUUCUUAAGUUACCUAAAUUGCUUACGUGUAAAAGAAUUUUGUGGCGCUUUAGAUAGUUUGUAUCAUUCAUUUGAUCGAAAUACAUCAGUUGGUGAUUCAAAAAAUGGAGGGUCUGAUGAAAAAAAUGAUGGUUUUAGAUAUGCAGCAUUAAAUUUGGCUAUUUUACAUGUUCAGUUUGGACACAAAGAGGAAGCGUUAGUUGCUUUAAAAGAAGCUAUUAUGAAAGCACAAGAAGCAAAUGAUAAUUUUUGUUUACAACAUGCUCUAACAUGGAUGUAUAAAUUAACAAAUGAUAAUAAAGAAUUAUUGAUUGAACGUUCAAUAUUAAAAAGUAACGAGUUAAAUUUAAAUUAUAAUACUUCAUUAGGUAUACAAGCAUACACACAAUAUAUGGGCUUAAAUGGGGGCAAACCCAAGUACAUAUUUGAUUUGUUAACAAAAAGUGAUGUUAUAAAUUGUCAACAUUCAUUGAUCGAUCUACUAUCGAAUAGUUAUUCACAAAAAGCAGCGUUAUGGAAGCUUUAUGGUAAACAAGAACUGUGUGUAAUAUGGAGUCAAAUAUUAUUACAUUUAAAAUCUGAUCAUAUAAUACGUGGUUGUGUUAGUUACAACGGAGAAGGCAUUUGUCAAGCGAUAUGUAGUAUAUCAAUGAAUUUAACAUUAAAUGGUGAAUAUGAAAAUGCAUACAUAGUUUUAAAUCACGCUCGUGAUCGUUUUGUAAAUGAACCAAUAUCACAUAUUUGGAUGUAUUGUGAACAUUUUUCAUGUUACAAACAAGCAUAUCAUAAUCAGCUAUGGCAAGUGGCAGAAACAUGUGCUCGCAAGAUUGCAGCGUUCGAUCAAUGGGAAAGUUUAUUAUAUUUAGUUGAAAUUGAUAUCGCACGUGGUAAUUAUCAAGCGGCAACAGAUCAUUUAAAUAAUAUAUUAAAUUGUGUUGAUCAUAUUGAUAAUUUACAUAAAAUCGAUUUAAAAAUUAAAGCAAUGAUUUUAUUAGCGGAAAUUAAAUGUUCACAAUUUGUACAAGGGAAUGUUUCAAGUGAAUUAUUAAUGAUUUUAAAUGAAGCACUUGAAUUAAGUGAAAAAUAUUAUUUAAAGUAUAGUACAGCUCUUAUACAAUUACAUAUUGCACAUGUACAAUUAUGGAUGAAAAUGCCAAAUUUAGCGUUGGAUUUUGUAAAUCAAGCGUUAAUUACAAUAUUGGCUAAUGGUGGAUUAUAUGAUCGGGCACGUGCUUUAUUGUUGUAUGUGAAAUGUUUUGUAGCUAAUACUAAUACAUCAUCUGGUAAUGUUGACAAGAAUAAUGAAAUUAAAAAUUGUGCAUUGCUUUUAAAUAGCGUUAAAGGACAUUUUGAGAAAGUUCAAGCGUAUUCACGCGUUAAGGAUGUCUUAUAUUUACAAGCAAAACUAUUUGAUUAUGUGAAUUGUAUCCAGGAUAGAAAUAAAUGUGCUGCUGAAUUUAAAUUAUUUAAUGAAAAAUAUUCAACAAUUUCGGAGCAGACAUCACUUCUGACAAUGUUGUAA